AUGAUCAUGCUUAAAGAAUAUCUCGGUAAAAAAGAGCUUGAAGCAGCUCUAGAGCUUACUCAAGGAAUUCCUGAAUUACUAUUUAUCCACCACUCUAUCAAGAACUACUACAUGAAUCAUUACCCAUGCAAUGAACUUCGUAUUUUCUCCUAUCCAUUCGAGAACCCAAUUUAUUGGUUCUUGGUAGAUCUCCAAAAGAAUGCUUGCCCUGCUAUCCAUCUAGCUCAAAACUGUGACUUCCACGAUCGCUUCGUUUUUCUGACCGCCGCCACUCAGUUUCUGGGAGAGCUUGAGAUGCUGGUAGACUACAAAAAAAUCAGUAUAUCUACCGAACUCCAUCUGAUUCACGAUUUAUCUUCUCUACUUCAUGAGUUCUUUUCUGACCAUCAGCCAGUAUCACGUGUUCCUUUUACCGUAUUCUACAUGUCCGAUGAUCAGAUUGAAGAUUGCAAUAAGCUUGACGUAACCCUCCCUUACGGUUUCACCUUUUCCAAGCUCGAUGUAUCUGAAGCAGCUAAACUGGUGCAUUGCAAAACCAAUGAUGACUCAAUCGCCUUGAUUGGUGAUCGUAUCCGAUACUUACCGUCAGUAUGUAUACGUCACGCAAACUCCGGAGACAUUGUAACUCAUGAGCUUUGCUCCUCUCGUGGAGAUAUGCUCAACCUUUAUACUCAUCCUGAUAACCGGCGGCAAGGACUCGCUUCAGCCGCAGAGAUCAAAUUAGCCCAACGAAUUAUCAGAGAGAAUGGAAGACCUUUCAAAGCUGUUCCUAACCAUUUGACUUCAAUCAUUCUCAGUUCUGAAGGAUCACCUUUCUGGACUAUUUGGAGUAGAAGUUCAACGCCUGUUCAGUUUACAGUUACAUGUUUUGAAAAGUGCUAG